AUGAAAGAGCUGCUAGAGGAGGUGAGCCUCACGUCGAGAGAGUUUGUUCACACGCUGCUGCCGAACGUGACUCGAUCGUACAGCUCCCCGGCAUCCGCCGGCAAGUUCUCCUUCACGAAAGCCUUCGUCGUUAACAACAACGAGCGUCUGCAGAAGUUUCAGGAGAAGAAGAAGCAGCUGAAAGAAGAAGGUAGAUCAGAGAAGGAGCUGAGCGAGACAUUUGCCUUUACCAUCAUUGAUGCAGCAGACAGAAGGAGAGUUGCAGAGGAAGGACUUCCGGUGGGAAACAGCAGUAUUAUGAUGCUGGGAAAACCAGACAUGGGUGUUGUGCUCAGUCGUCAUGCCGACCAGGUAAAGCAAAUUAUAAGGAAUAGCGACGAACGUGUGCUUGCUGUGUUCAAGAUUAUUAAGGGAAGGGUAAAGACGAUAUCGGAGGACCUGGUUAAUGCUGAACGCGAACCGACGCCGAACUACGACGCUCACGUCGGCAGAACGUAUUUCUCGAACAAGCUGUAUAUCUAUGAUUAUGAAGACUGUGAAAUUGUGCCCACACCUAGACAGGUUCUGCCCUACGCUCUUCUGCACUUUCUAUUUUGUGAUGGGUCUGCAAGCAAUAUCCCAAGACAGGUGGCUGCUGCAGAUGCGGCAAGGACACCCGCCAAGGGUUCGCCUCACGAGUCCGCAUUGCAGCGCCCCCUCGUGGGCAAGACGCCGAGCGAGGGCAUGCGCAUCUGGACGGGCGUGUUGAAGAAUCGGCACCGCACGCUCGCCGAGGUCGAGCUACUGUCUCGCGUGUCCGCCAUCAAGCCUGCGAGAAUCGGCGAACAAUUGAACAUCACUAAGCAGCUACCUAUGGCGAGCAUGCGGACGCGUUACCUCGGCCUUCUCUCCGACCUUCACCCGAGCCGCGAGCACUGCGUGAAGGGCGUUCACUUGUCGUAUGCACGUCUGCGUGCGCGCCGCCACCAUGAGGUCGUGCUCAAGGUCGCCUCCUACCUGCGCCGGCGCGACCUGGCAGCUAUUGCCAGACUAGAGGACAGUGUGGAGCUGGUAAUACUCCCAAACUGUGACCUGACCCAGUCUUUAGGUCUGCCCGCGAACGGAGGUGGAGAGCUUCACUGCGUCUUCACGUCGCCACGCAGUCUGACCGAGCGAGCCGACCUUCUACGAGUUUCCACCUCCGAACGUCUGGACCGAACAGCAGGAGAUCUGAGCUGUAGCGGGUGUACGUCGUCUGCGUCCGUCUGUAGCGCACCAAAACCCCAGAUCACAUUGUCAGUCCUGCAAAGGUGCUUUGAGUGGCAGCGUCGCAUGACAGCCCGUAGCGACGCAGAGGUCGUCCCUCCUAGCUUUGCGGCGACGUCGGAACAUGAAUACAACCGUGGAUUCAAGUCUGACGUGCCGUCACAAGCGAAGAUCUUGCCGCUGAAAGUGCAGCGUUCGUUCGAUGUGCAGCCGCAGGUCCAGAAGUACUUUCUGCAGCAGCAGCGACUUCAGGUCGCCGCGACGACGACCCCCGCUGACCUCGCGACGAGCGAUCGUCCGGCAGCAGAGACGCCGGCGGUCGCAGCGUUCUCCGGAGUGCCCGUCAUUGUCGUUCACACGCCGGACGAUGCAUCCUCCGGAUUCCAGGCAUUGGACGAUCCUUCCGGUGAAUUCCAGAUGACGGAUAAUCCUUCCGGUGGAUUCCAGGCAGCAGGCGAUCCCUCCGGUGGAUUCCGGAUGGCGGAUAAUCCCUCCGGUGGAUUCCGAGUUGUGGAUAAUUCCUCCGGUGGAUUCCAGGCAGCAGGCGAUCCCUCCGGCGGAUUCCGGAUGGCGGACGAUCCCUCCGGUGUAUUCCAGGCUGUAGAAGGUCCCUCCGGUAAAUUCCAGGUGGUUGGCGGCGAUCCCUCCAGUGAGAUUAUUGGACAGUCUGAAAACACCGCGGUGGACGUCAACACGUCGUUUCACGGCGGCAGCGGAGGAGGAGGAGAUGGAGGAGGAGGAGGAGGAGGAGGAAGAGGAGGAGGCUGGCGCACGGCGACACGCCUCUCCCCGAGCGAGUUCGAGCGCUCCGUCGCCGAGGAGCUGGGACACGAGGCGCUGCUAGAGGGCAGCACCGGCGGCGAGAGCGACGGCGACGCGCCCUCUCCUCCGGUCGCCGCGGCGACGGACGCGCGCGCGACGCCGACGGAGCAGCCGGGUUCCUUCUCCCCCGCAGACUCCUCCUCGGCGUCCGGCAGUAGCAGCAGCCCCGAGCCGCCGCCGUGGAGAAGCCCGUCUCCUCCUCCGCCGGGGGAGGGGGAGAGGAUGGCCGACGAGAAGAGGAAGACUCGUGGGAGAAGCUACGGCGAGAGCGCGGCGUCGGACGGGCGCCGGCGGCGCCGGAGGAGGAAGCGAGGCCAGCACGCCGAGUACGAACCUCUCCCAGUCGUCGCCGCCGAGAGGGAGGAGACAGGGGGCGCCCCCGCUGCCGUCGCCGCGGACAACGACGACGACGACGACGACGAACCGGAGGUGGCGUUCCGGCCGCCGAUCUACGUCGCGGCGGGGCUGCGCUGGCGGCUGCGGCGCGUGAGCGGGGUCGCUGCAGCGGCGGGGUCGUGCGGGGUCGCGGCGACGGCGGCGUGCGUCGUCGGCGGCGACCCGCGACAGUGCGCGCGCGACGCCGUGUCGCGACGCGCCUGCAGCGUGUUCGACAUGGUCGGCUCGCAGAACGCGCUGGGGGUCAGCCUCGACCACCGGCUCCCCGGCCUCGACAUCAUGCAAACGACGACGACGACGACGACGACGACGACGACAACGACGCCCUCUGACCCCAGCGAUGCUGCGGCGGCAGCGACGACGACGACCUCGCCGCCCCUGCCGACGACGCCGGUAACGCCGGCGACCCCGGUAACGCCGGCGACCCCGGUAACGCCGUCGAGGCGUCUCGCCGACCCCAUCGUGAUGCAGUUCCUGCGCGAGAACAUCGACUCGGACGAGGGAGAGGCGUCGCCGACGAGCGAUGGGGAGGUCGGGGAGGUCAGGUUGCAGGCCGAGGGCCGCGAUUGGCCGACGAUGACGUCGCCCGCGGCCGAGAGCCGCGAUCGACCGGCGAUGACGUCGCCCGCGGCCGAGAGCCGCGAUUGGCCGGCGAUGACGUCGCCCGCGGCCGAGAGCCGCGAUCGGCCGACGAUGACGUCGCCCGCGGCCGAGAGCCGCGAUCGGCCGUCGUGGAUGUCGCGUCCCGAACGUGCCGUCGCGCGCGAGAACGCGUCGAUCGAGAGAGGCGGAGAGGCGGCGCGCGCGGGAUCGCCGAUUAACGAACGGGGGUGGAGAGGCUCGUCGUCGUCGUUCGCGACGGAUGCGACCGCUACUCUCCCCAUCCUCUCCGCCGCCGCCGGGAUCGCGGACCGGUCGCUCGCCUCGUCGCCGACGCCGGCUUCCAUCCGGGAUGCGUUGCGCAGCAUCCGCGAGCGUUUCGCCAUGCGGAGCCGGCAGCCAGACCUCACUCCCCCUUACCUCGCGCCGCCAGGACAACGCUCGCCGCCCCACGUCGCGUCGUCUCCCGCGUCUGACGACAACCAGGUGGCGCCGCACGGCGCCGACCGCGACGCGGAGGAGCCGCGGCGGCGCCCCCUGUUGCCGACGCCGGAGAGCGACGGGUUGCGCGUCCGCCAGCAGGUGUCGCCGCGCGGCGGGCGCUCGCCGGAGGGCGCCGCGCGGCGCAUCCCCGUGCUCGUUCCGAUCUCGCCGUCCGUCGCCCAGGAGGUCGCGGGGUCGCCGCAGGGCGGGAACACUGCGCGCAUACCCGUGCGCAUGUCCCCCAUGCUAGAGGCGGCGGCGGCGGCGCCCGACUUCGCGCCGACCUGGCAGAGGAGGGACGCCGUCGACUCGGUGCGCGCGUCGGCGCCCCCUGGAGGCGGGGACGAGCGCGGCGUCGGGGCGAGGCAGGGCGGGGCGGGGUGGCCUCGCGGGUCCGUCGCGGCUCCCGUUGCCGUCGUGCGCGAGAUCGCGACGGCGCCGCCGCUGCCGUCCUCGUCCCCGCCAUCGCUUCCUCUGCCUCCGUUGCCGACGGCGACCGAGCGCGUGUGGAGCUUCGGCGUGCCCGGCGUCGCGCGGCUACCUGUCCCAGGCGUGCCCGCGCACGACUUCCUCGGUCUUGCUCUCUCUCACGCCGCCGUGCGGCCCGGCUUUCCUCACGGUGGCGGCCGUCCUGCCCCCGCCAUCGUUAACUGGGGAAACAGUCCUCCUCCGCCGCCGCCGCCGCCGCCGCCGGGGGAGAUGAUGCAGCAAGCGCAGUUUGCCGAUUGGGAACAAAGGAGAGCACCUCUUCCUCCGAUGCCACGUCUCUUGCCGCCUGCGGGAAACUGGCAGGACUGCGCGACUAACGAAAUCGGGCAGACGAAUCGGACUCUCUUGUCAUCUGACGGUUGGCAGCAGGGCAGGCUCGUGCCAGAGCGUGCCGCACUCGAACAAGCGCGCGUUCUGCCGUCGGGCCCAGCGCCGGCGUGCCCGCCUAUUACUGCUACAGCGACGGACCCAGCAUUCGCCCAGUCUCUCACACCCAGAGAUAUACCGCUACCUACUAGCAGCAUGGCAACGUCGCAACACCGCGGCCUGCAGCGCUCGUUUCAGUCGAACGCUGGUAAUGUAGCUAAUGCUAGCAGUGACGUGCUCAUGCAAACCGUCGGCAGUUAUUCAAACAGUCCCGGAGAUGGUUCCAACAGACAACUAAACAUUAUUGUAGAAAGUUCUGCGUGGGUACCCGAUGGCCGGGAAUCGUACCGAGGGUCUCACAGUCCCCGAGUUAAUUCCAGAAGGUCCAGCAGUCCCCGUAAAAAUUUCAGGUCUAACAGUCCCCAAGGACAUUCCAGAAGGUCCAGCAGUCCUUGGAGAAAUUCCAGAAGGUCCGGCAGUCCCUGGAGAAAUUCCAGAAGGUCCAGGAGUCCCCGGAAAAAUUCCAGAAGGUCCGGCAGUCCCCACAGAAAUUCCAAAAGGUCCAGAAGUCCCCGAAGAAAUUCCGGAAGGUCCGGCAGUCCCCGGACAAAAUCCAAAAGGUCCGGUAGUCCCCGAAGCAAUUCCAAAAGGUUCGGCGGUCCCCGAAAAAAUACCAGAGGGUCCAGCAGCCCCGUGGGAAGUCGCCGAAGAUCAGGCAGCCCCACGCGAUCCGCCAGGGGGUCGAAUAGCCCCAGGGGGAGUAAGCCGAGUAUCACGGGAGAACGUUCCGGAAGGCUGCAGAGCCCCCGAGGAAGUAGCAGACGAUCGAACACCCCCAGGGAAGAUUCCGCCAAGUCGAGCAGCCCCGGCAGAAGUUUGCGAAGCUCCAAGAGUCCUAGAGGAAGCCUCCGAAGGUCGCGCAGUCCUGCGCGAAGGUCACGGAAGUUGAGCAGUGCGUCGGGAAGGUCUGAGGAGGAGGCCACGUCCAGUGGAGCCGAUGGGCCGUCCAAAAGCCCCAGUCAAGGCGGGAAGCGGCUGGCGCAAGACACAGAGAAGAGCGGUUCGUGUAGAGGAGAAGGAUCCCCACGCGGGAAUGAAUUAUGUACUAAGGACGCAAAAUUACUUAAUUCCUCCACUAGAUGUCAGCAGGUGCCGCAUCAACCCCCAGCCACUGACGCUGCAGAUGAAAACAGAAAUGGUGGAAGUUUGACUACUUCAAGAAAAAGUUCUCUCGGUGUCAUGAAUUUCUACCGUAACGAUAUGGUUUCGAGGGCCGCAAGAGAGCCGUGCCGGAGUAACCGGCGCUACCACCCGUACCUGUUUUGGCGCAACACGCCGAAGGACUCGCCCUACCAACCCUACUCCGACCUGCAGGACCUGCUCAGGAACCUCACAAAGAGCAACUACAACAACGGCCGGCGCCAGAGGAGGUUCGCGCCUCAGCCUCCCGCGCAGAAGAAGCCCCCCGCUGCCGCUGCCGCCGCCGCCGUGCCGGAUGCACCGGGCGUCGCUGAUCUCAAGGACGAUGAUGAAGACUCGUCGAAGCUGCGGCGCUUACACGCUUCCUUGCUCGACCAGGAGUUGGAGAAGAUUCAGGUUCAGGAGACCGAAGCCAUUGUUGCUGCGAAGGCCCUGUACCGCUUCGAAGAGCAAGAGAAAAGGGAGAAGGAAGAGGCACGAUCUGCGCAGUCCACUGCUCCAGCUACUGUAACAGCCAGUAAGGACAAUCCAACCAUGCCACCUACUGCUCCAGCUACUGUGACACUCACAAAAGGGAUGACAACUAUGCCACCUACUGCUCCUGCUGUUGUGACAGUCACAAAAGGGAUGACAACUAUGCCACCUACUGCUCCUGCUACUGUGACAGUCACAAAGGGGAUGACAACCAUGGCACCUACUGCUCCUGCUACUGUGAAAUGCAGUAAGGACAAUCCAACCGUGCCACCUACUGCUCCAGCUACUGUAACAUGCAGUAAGGACAAUCCAAAUGUGGCACCUACUGCUCCUGCUACUGUAACAAGCAGUAAGGACAAUCUAACCGUGGCACCUAUUGCUCCAGCUACUGUAACAGCCAUUAAGGACAAUCCAAUCGUGGCACCUACUGCUCCAGCUACUGUAACAGCCAGUAAGUACAAUCCAGCCGUGGCACCUACUGCUCCAGCUACUGUGACAGCUAGAAAUGACAUGAUACCCAUGGCACCUAUUCCCCCUCUUUCUGUAGCAGCCAGAAAUGCCAUGCUAGUUGCACCGUUUACUGCUACUGCUACUUACACAGCCAAGAAGAUCUUGGCAGCUAUGCAGUCGGCUGCUGCCGCUACCAUGACAGACAGGAAGAACAUUCUAUAUACACAAUUCACUCCACCUGCUAAUAUGUCAGUCAGGAGAGAAAUUCCAGCCAUUGCACCACCGUCUCCUGCUCUUGUGUCAUCAGUCAGGAAAAGGAUUAUAACCAUGCCACCUAGUUCUCCUGCUGUUAAGUCAGCCAGGAUUGAGAUACCAACCAGGCCACCUAGUUCUCCUGCUGUUAAGUCAGCCUUCCAGGAUUGA